AUGCCUAGCGUUUCAGCAACCCCACUUCUGAACACCUCUGACCUCGAGCUUCUGCGUCAGAAGCUCGCCGAAGAUGUCCGGAUCGAAAAAUACACCCCCUUGGCGCCUCCCGAACUGGUCCAGUACGAGAUCAGACACACUGCCAACAGUCUUCUCACAGUUCUGAACAGCCGCAUUGAGGCUCGUCAGAUCAUCCGCCGCGAGUCCGAUCGCCUCCUCGUCCUUGUUGGUCCCUGUAGCAUUCACGACCCCGAGUCUGCUCUCGAAUAUGCCGGCCGUCUCCGCGAGCUGGCAGAGGAGCUGCGGGACGAUCUGUGCAUCGUUAUGCGCGCCUACCUGGAGAAGCCACGUUCAACUGUCGGCUGGAAGGGUCUGAUCAAUGAUCCCGACGUCGAUGAAUCCUUUGACACAAACAAGGGUGUCAAGGUUGCUCGUCAGCUGCUUGUAGACAUCACCAACACAGGUGUGCCCGUGGCUUGUGAGAUGCUGGACACCAUCUCUCCCCAGUACACUGCGGAUCUCAUCAGUGUCGGUGCUAUUGGCGCCCGUACUACUGAGUCCCAGCUGCACCGUGAGCUGGCCUCUGGUCUCUCCUUCCCCGUCGGCUUCAAGAACUCCACCGACGGUACCGUUGGCUCCGCCGUAGACUCUCUCAAGUCCAUGCGUGCCCGUCACAACUUCCUCAGUGUCACCAAGCAGGGUGUCAUUGCCACCACUACCACUAAAGGUAACGAGGACGGCUAUGUCAUCUUGCGCGGAGGCUCCAAGGGCACCAAUUUCGAUGCUGCUUCAGUGCAGGCCACUUGCGAGCUGCUGCGCUCCAAGAACGAGCGCGAGGUCGUCAUGAUCGACUGCUCUCACGGUAACUCUCAAAAGGAUCAUCGUAACCAACCCAAGGUUCUCAAGGUUAUCGAGGAGCAGAUGCGCCAGGGUGAGAACUGCAUCAUCGGUGUCAUGGUUGAGUCAAACAUCCGUGAGGGUAAUCAGAAGCCUGCUAAGCGCUUGGAGGGCUGUGAGAAGGGAGUCAGUAUUACUGACGCCUGUAUCGACUGGGAGACCACUGAGCAGUCGAUGCGCUCGCUUGCUUCGGCCGUGCGUGACCGCCGGGCGCGUGCCGCCAUUGGCAAGAACUAA